GUACAACCAAAGAUUAUCCAGAUUACUGCUAUACGAAGUUUCCCAAAUGACCCUACCGGAGAAUUCCAACAAAGCAGUCUACAUAACCCUUCUCCAAGUUCCAUUUUUGACUAUCCAAAUUAACAACCCCGACAAGAAGCCCGAUAUACUUCAAAAAGUAAUCCUUCAUUAAUUCCACGCACAAUUUACUGCCAUGGCCAUGGAUUCUAAGUUUUGAUAAGUCGGAGAAAGCUGAUUUGUUCAGAAAGUUGUCCUGAUUUGUGAAUCUUCAGUUGGGAAAUUUUGAGGGGAUUAAUAGGAAUGGCUUGGAGACAUAUCCUAACGCAGGUUGGAUCAGUUGUCAGACAUUCAAGGCAAUCAUCAUCAUUUCCACUUUUGGGUCACAGGCUUCAGCAUGUUCUGUAUAAUCUCCAGAGGGAUUCAGGGAUUGCAAGUAAGCUUCAGAAUCAUCAAAAUAGGCUCCUCUCAAGCUAUGUUGGGAAUUUUGCUCGGAGAGUGAGGGAUUUUGAUGGAGCAAAUGAGGCUUCAUUGUUAAAGGAACUCUAUAGAAAUGAUGCAGAAGGUGUGAUAAGAAUCUUUGAGAGUCACCCGUCUUUGCAGAAUAAUCCAUCAGCACUUGCUGAAUAUUUAAAAGCAUUGGUGGAAGUAGACAGGCUGGAUGAAAGUGCACUGUUGAAGACAUUGCAGAGAGGCAUUGCAAAUUCAUCAAGAGAUGGGGCACGUGUUUCUACUGGUUCUUCCUUAGGAAAUGUUGGUAUUACAACCAAGGAUGGUAUUCUGGGAACAGCAAAUGCUCCCAUCCAUAUGGUGGCAGCCGAAGGGGGUCAUUUUAAGGAACAACUUUGGCGCACAUUUCGAACAAUUGCACUUGCCUUUCUUUUGAUUUCUGGUGUUGGAGCACUUAUUGAGGACCGAGGCAUUAGUAAAGGUCUGGGUCUAAAUGAGGAGGUGCAGCCAAGUAUGGAGUCAAGCACUAAAUUUAGUGAUGUGAAGGGUGUUGAUGAGGCCAAGGCAGAACUAGAGGAAAUAGUUCAUUAUUUACGAGAUCCAAAGCGAUUUACAAGACUUGGUGGCAAGUUGCCAAAAGGAGUUUUGCUUGUUGGACCCCCAGGGACAGGGAAAACUAUGCUGGCUAGGGCCAUUGCUGGUGAGGCUGGAGUUCCUUUCUUUUCUUGCAGUGGAAGUGAAUUUGAAGAAAUGUUUGUGGGUGUUGGAGCACGAAGGGUACGUGAUCUGUUUGCAGCUGCAAAGAAGCGGUCGCCUUGUAUCAUAUUUAUAGAUGAAAUUGAUGCAAUUGGAGGCAGCCGUAAUCCUAAAGAUCAGCAAUAUAUGAAAAUGACUCUAAAUCAGUUACUGGUGGAGCUUGAUGGAUUCAAACAAAAUGAAGGAAUAAUAGUUAUUGCUGCUACAAAUUUUCCAGAAUCAUUGGAUAAAGCAUUGGUCAGACCUGGUCGAUUUGAUCGUCAUGUUGUAGUACCCAACCCUGAUGUUGAAGGUCGAAGACAAAUCAUGGAAUCACACAUGUCAAAGGUUUUGAAGGCGGACGAUGUGGAUUUAAUGAUUAUUGCUCGAGGAACGCCAGGAUUUUCUGGUGCUGAUCUUGCAAAUUUGGUGAAUGUUGCUGCUCUUAAAGCUGCAAUGGAUGGUGCUAAAUCUGUGACUAUGGAACAUCUUGAGUUUGCAAAAGAUAAGAUAAUGAUGGGAAGUGAACGUAAGUCUGCUGUAAUUUCGGAUGAAUCAAGACAAUUAACAGCCUAUCAUGAAGGAGGGCAUGCGCUUGUGGCAAUACACACGGAUGGUGCACUUCCUGUACAUAAAGCUACAAUUGUGCCAAGAGGAAUGUCUCUUGGAAUGGUUUCACAGCUUCCUGAAGUAGAUCAAACUAGUAUUUCUCGUAAGCAGAUGCUAGCACGUCUAGAUGUCUGUAUGGGUGGAAGAGUUGCAGAAGAGCUGAUUUUUGGAGAAAGUGAGGUGACGUCAGGAGCUUCCUCAGAUAUCAAACAGGCGACAAAACUUGCCAGAGCGAUGGUGACAAAAUAUGGAAUGAGCAAGGCUGUAGGUGUUGUUGAACACAACUAUGACGAUAAUGGGAAGAGCAUGAGUACAGAGACGCGACAACUUAUUGAGAAUGAAGUAAGAGAUUUUCUACAAAAAGCAUAUGAAAAUGCAAAACACAUUCUAACCACACACCAAAAAGAGUUGCAUGCACUUGCAAAGGCACUCCUUGAACAUGAGACACUUAGUGGGAAUCAAAUCAAAUCUUUGCUUGUGCAAGUAAAUAGUCAGUCUCAAUCUCUUUCGUCAACUCCACAAACGUCUGCUGCACCUUCUCCACCUCCACCAUCUGCAGCCUCAGCUGCUGCUGCUGCUGCAGCUGCGGCCGCUGCUGCCGCAGCAGCUGCAGCAAAAGGUAAAGGUGUUGCACAACCAGUAGGAUCUUGACAGAUUUUAAUGCUAGCUUUCUUGUUGUAAUUAUCAUUUCAUGUGGGGAGUGAGUUUGUAGAUUUCCAGUAGCUCAUGUCACAACGAAACAGGUAGUGCAUAAGUUGCUGAGUCAACUCUUGAAGCAUGCUUGCGACAAGGAUGUAUCGCCCCAUUAUACCUUGAUUUAUUUGGGAAAUGUAAUUUUUGAAAGAGCACAUUUAUACAUUACCCCCUUCUCCUGAAGUGUAAUCAACACAUUAUGAUUUGUAAUUUGUAAUGUUCUGAUGAAUUGCUGGAGAAUGAUAUGUGUUGUUGCUCCCACUGAAAAUCUUAGUCAAUAGGUAAUGAGAUAUACUAGUUUGACCAUGGCGUAGUGGAAAGCACUGUAAUGUGAUAUUAUCUCACUACCCAAAUCAGACUUCAAAAUUAUUUUUCAUGAAAUUAACAUCAUACUGGAAUUUUUUAAUUUUA